GAGCGAAAAUCUGUAUGAGAAUGAAGCUCUUGCAAUCUCUUGUUCCUGGAUGUGAUAAGAUAACUGGCAAGGCUCAUGUACUGGAUGAGAUCAUCAAAUAUGUUCAAUUUCUACAGAAUCAAGUAGAGUCCCUUGCGGCAAAGGUUGCUUUUGUGAAUCUCACGCUAUUUGAAUGUGAGCAGAAUCCAAGUAGAAAUGCAUGUGUUCCUGAGGGGCUGUUGUCGUCUGUGCCAGAGUCUUGCUCUGUCUCGUUCAUGUCUUUUGCAGACAGUGCGCCAAGCGAUUCUGCUUCCCUUUUGCUCACACAGGAUCAGAAAGCCACUCUGAUCCCUCAGGAUGGUAGAGAUUUGUUUUUGGACAUGGAAGACCAGCCUGAAGCUAUUUGACAACCUGUUCACCUUCUAAUAAGCUCAGCAAAUUAUAAAGAGGCAAACCAGAAACAUCAAGUUCAGUAACUUGAAGGGGUUUCUGUG